CCAUUACCGCGGUCGACAACCAUUCCGCCACCACAUUCCCCCUACCACCAUUCGCCAAUCAUCGACACCGCCACCUUCACCACUCGCCGAUCUUCAUCAUCAUCACCUCCACCACUCGACAGUCACCACUACCGCUGUCCGGUCUAGUUGUGUCUUGUGUACGUACGUCCGAAGUCGUACGGUACUAUAUUAUUAUAUCGUUUUACAUUUUUCUACUUUGUUCCAGCUGCAGUGGUAGUCGUGAUGUCCGCGGCCGCGUUCCAAAUUUAACUCCGCACGCACGCACGCCGCACGGCACCUUGCUAAAACAAUAACAACAAAAGAAUACGCGACGUCCGACGAUUUUUUCGCAAACAACCUUUUUUGAUUUUAAUAAUAUGCCGCGAAAGCCUCUUCGAGUAUAAUUUAAUAUCUACAUUACAAUGUCUGGUGUCGUCGGUGGUUCGUGACGCAAAUAUUUUUCGCCAGCCCUCCGGCGAUUUGAAAUUCAUUCGGUUUCGACAAAAAUAUUAGGUAGAUAUACCUAUAAGAAAUAACAAAAAACUGGCUGUGCGCGCAAUGACCGGUGCGCCAAUGGUUAUUCGGUAUUCGGACGACUUCGUCGUCGUCGAGUCUUCGUCGUGACGACAGGUGGACGCGAACAGACUGUCGAGUGCCGAUUGUUAUCGGUCUGAUUGUUUAGUGGCGCCACGGAGCAGAAGAGAUUGAUUGUUACGGUUCGCCGUUGUCUUGUGUAUAAAAGAGUCCAAAGAGUCCGGGAUUCGUUAACCGGUGCCGAAGACGUGUGACGGGAUGGAAAUCGAUGAGCAUCAGACGCCGACCGACGAUGUCUUAGCCUCCGCAAAUCACAUCGACCGUUCUGCGAUCGUAAUAUAGACCGACUACGAAGUCACUCGCAAGAAGACUUCACUGUCAAAUAUACCAAAAUGUCUUCCCAAGUAGAUUACCAAUGGGCAUAUACAAUAAUGGAUUCAUCUCGGGUGUCCACAUUUUUGAUAUCUAUUCUGUUAAUUGUUUAUGGCAGUUUCAGAUCUUUAAAUAUGGAACAGGAAGCCAGAGAAAGAGAAAAAGAAAAAUCUAAGAACUCCAACGGAAGCUCUGUGUGCUUAACAGAUAUUAAUGUUCAAACACUGGAUACUAUGCAAGCUUUGUGUUUGCCUCUGGGAGCUUCAAUAUCACUGUUAGUAAUGUUUUUCUUUUUUGAUUCUAUGCAAAUGUUAUUUGCUAUAUGCACUGCAAUUAUUGCUACUGUUGCAUUGGCGUUUCUUCUGCUGCCCAUGUGUCAGUACAUUAUUAAUCCUUGCUCGGAUGGAAACAAGAUCUCUUUCGGUAUAUGUGGUCGUUUUACUAUGGCUGAGCUGUUGUCUUUUUCAAUGGCAUUGUUUAUAGUUUGUAUCUGGGUACUGACUGGACAUUGGCUGCUAAUGGACGCAAUGGGAAUGGGACUCUGUGUAGCAUUUAUUGCCUUUGUCCGACUUCCUAGUCUUAAAGUGUCCACUCUUCUGUUGACUGGUCUUUUGAUUUAUGAUGUUUUCUGGGUGUUUUUCUCGUCAUACAUAUUUAACACCAACGUUAUGGUCAAAGUGGCAACAAGAUCAGCAGAAAAUCCUGUCGGAGUAGUGGCUCGAAAGUUACACAUUGGCGGAGUUGCCAAAGAAGCACCAAGGUUAUCUCUUCCUGGAAAAUUAGUGUUUCCCAGUAUUCAUAAUGGGCGAUUCUCAAUGCUUGGGCUCGGGGAUAUAGUUAUGCCGGGUCUAUUACUGUGUUUCGUAAUGCGGUAUGAUGCAUAUAAGAAAUCUCAGCUUCUACAUUUCGGGGAAACUGGUGUUCCACCUCCAAGACAUCUUGGCAGAAUAAGUUACUUCCACUGUUCGCUAAUCGGAUACUUUCUGGGCCUAGUUACCGCUACAGUGUCUUCGGAAAUUUUUAAAGCAGCUCAGCCAGCACUACUCUAUCUAGUUCCAUUUACACUGUUGCCUCUUCUGACCAUGGCUUAUUUAAAGGGUGAUUUAAGAAGAAUGUGGAGUGAACCAUUUAUAAUACAACAGCCUUCCAAACAUAUGGACGUAUAGUCUGCGGUAGCAUUUACUACUAUUAUGUAUAUUUAUUUUUAGAACCAUUUUUGUACAAUUUUCUCUUUUAAUUAUUUUGUAUAAUAGAUCUAUAUAAUAUGGUUUGCCCUUUCUACUUGAAGGGAUAUUUAAAAAUACAAUGAUAGGUCCAUGUUUUCUGAAACCAAGGUAUACUUUUACAAAUUAUUUCUUUUCCAAAUAUGAUUUUUUUAUCGAUUGAGAGAUUGUGAUGUUUGUUAAAUUCCAUCUUGAGUUUCCAUUUAUGCACUCAUAGAUGACACAUAAUAUGCCGAUCAAAUAUAUAUAAUAUAAUAUUUAUACUUAUACAUUUUUUCAUACUAUAUAAACUUUUCGUUAGGAAGGGACUUGUCUUGUUAGUUUUAAAUAAUGGAGGUGGCUAAGUGUUAAAACUUUUAAAUAAAUCACUAAUUAUUAUUACUGCCCUUCAAAGUAUCAACUAUCCACUGCUUAAAAAGUAUACAAUAUACAUAUUUUAAUUUUUCAGCAAAUUACGAGAUCUGUUUAUUAUAAUUGUUAUUAAAUAAUAUUUCAUUAAGAAUAUUUAAAGAUUCAUACCGAUGUUUUUCAAAGUAAGAUUUUUUUCUUUAAUUUUAUUUUAUACUAUUUUUUGCUAUUGUGGAAAAUAUUUAGAAAAGCUAGAUUUUUUAGUUUUUAACAAUAAUAUUUAAUUGAAUGUAACAGUUUAGGCCAUUGUAUUUGCACAAUUUAUGCAGCUAUAAAGUUUUCUGGAAUCUCUAAUGUGUUUAGAAAAUAUUGUUUAGAGUUUUUGAUUUGAGAUUUAUUUGUGCGAUAUGAAUUCGAUUUUUGACAAGAGUUUGUUAUCAAACUAAAUGAAUGACGAGAAGUUUACCUAAGACUGAUUUAUUUUCUUUUUUCUUUAGUAUUAUUAUAUUUUUUUUUUAUUUUGAGCAAAAUACCUAAAUUGUAUUAUCUGAAAUGUGUUUAUUAUUACUAAUCAUUGUAUUGUAUCAUAUUUAUUUUAAGAUCUAUAUAAUGUCUCACUAAAUGUAUUCGUAACUCAUAUUUGUUUUUGAGAAGCUAAAUUCAAAUACGUAGUUUCCUAUAGCAUAUUAUUAUACCAAUUUUAUAUAUAUAUAUUUUUUUCAUUAUAUAUAAUUAUAUUUGAUUAAUCUUCUGUUUAUUAUUGUAUAUAUUAUAGAUUCUAAUCUAUCUCUCAUCUUGUCGACCACCUGGUUUUAAGUUAAAUUGUCUUUAUAUUACGUUAUUAAUUGUCCUACUGUAUUAAGUUUACUAUACAUACAAUACGCAUAAAUAAGUACAUAUUGUAUGCAUCAUAUUAUUAUUAAUAUUAUAUUUAAUUGAUGACAAAAAAUGUACGAAAGUUUUUGAUUCAAAACAAAUAGGAAUUGUAAUUAUUUUGAAGAUAAAUUAUAGCGCUUCAUUCGCUAUUAUAGCUGUGACGUUUUAAAUAUAUCGAAAGUAUGCCUUUUUGUUU